AUGAGCACCAGGCCCAGUUUCUCAACGUCGCGGACCAGCGUGUCCAUACCACGCAAAGCUCAGUGUGAAGAGCUGGCCCAGAGAUUACAAGAUGCUGUCGAACGUACUACCAAGGACGUCGCAGCAGAUGAUGUGCAGCGCAGCGCCUUCUUGCCGAAACCCGACCUUGACCAGAUACUCAACGAUAGAUCGUUGGAGCUGUUGUUCACAGAGUUGGUCACUGAGACUUCUUCCUUCGGAGGUGGCGUGUUCUUACAAGCUAGUGCUACCAGUACUACUGAUGAAGAGAAGGGCUCAGAUUCUGUAAUUGACGACAUGUUCAUCAAUAGUUGCAUUGGCGCAACGAAGCGCAAACCACCGGAUGAAUCAUCCUGGAGAGCUCUACUUGCUCUGCUUUUAUACCAAAACAACAAGGAUUUGCUCUCGUUAUUCGUGGAAUGGAUGGUCAUUAUGUUCGAUCAUCCUACAGCCAAGUCUGACAAUCUUAUACCGUCUGAUGAAUCGAUACCGUUCACGAAGGCCACGCUCCAAGAAUACAAAGUUCCAAACUGGUGCCACAGACUCAUACUUCUGGAUCAAGCAAUAUUCAAACCGAUUAUGAUCAAGAAGCUGGAGCAUCAUGACAUCACCACCAGCGAACGCUUACCUUUCAUGGGCAGGUAUCAUUCCAUCAAGAGCGGCUCUCAAGGCCAAGUCUUCAAAGCUGAGAUAGCACAAUGCCACUGGGAGAUUCGGGAGAACGAUGACGAAGAGAACUCCGAUUUCAUACCUGGUAAUCCGAAUAGCACGAAACUCGUGGCUCUCAAAGUCUUCAAAGAUCUGGAACCUAUGCGCGAUAUGCCGGAGGCCACUCAGGACUUCAAGAUUGAGCUCGGCAUCUUGGAAGAACUCAGAACGUACAAGACUAAGCACAAAAUGAUAAUGCUGCAUUUGGGUAGUAUUACGGAGCUCAACGAGACAAGAAAGCCGAUCAGACACUCUAUCAUCUUUGAACUGGCAAGUUUCAGCCUGGGUGAUCUCCUCAAAGACAGGAAUCACCCUCAAGAAUCCGUCAUACCGUCUCGUUUGCUUGCUAGCCUUGUGGACAUUAUCGAAGCCUUAGAAUGCUUGCAUGAUAAGCUCGAAACUCUCCAUCUCGACAUCAAACCUGACAACAUCUUGAUAUUCGAGACUCGUUCCGGUUCCGGAGACCAAGAGCAUUAUGAACUCAUCUGGAAGCUCAGCGACUUUGGCUUGGCUCGCAAGAAGGCUGCGAAAAAGCCAAAAGCUGGAUCUGCACAGACCUCGACAGCGACAUCUCGAGGAUCCACUCUACCUGCAACAAGACCGACCGGCCUGUAUCAAGCCCCGGAAAUCCAAGAACAAGAAACUAGUCAAGCAGGUCGGGGUAGCGAUGUCUGGUCUAUGGGCUGUAUCACACUCACGGUGCUUGCAUUCAUAUAUGGUGGACCAAAGGAAGUCACAGAGUUGGAAAGCUGCCUGAUGGUCAGAUUUCAGAAUCUCGGCGGCAGGGAGCCUUUGUUUUAUAUAAGAAGCGACUCGUACCCAUGGAGACACCGAGCUUCACACGUCUAUCACUAUCUACAAAGUCGGGGCCCGGACGUGGAUGAGAUACCUCACACAGCAGGACCACUUCUCGCCGCUUUACACCCCAGUCUCAUCGACUGGUCGAACAUACUAGUCGAGGACUCCUACGCAUGUCGAACCGAGCAAAGAUUCGUGCUAUAUAUACUCAAUGUGAUUAUCGGUAAGGUUCUUCUGAUCGAUCGUAGCAGGCGAAUGGGAGCAUCUGAGCUGCGCGACAGACUUGCCUACAUACAGCAAGAGUGGGAAAAGUACGAUAUCGCAUCCGAUACCUAUGUCUAUCCGGAUGCUUUGGCAUAUCUGAACCUUGCACGAAGCUCAAGCUCACAGGAAGACGAAAGCAGCACCGAUGAGCCACCACAAGGUCCAAUAGUGACCACGCAUCAUGAUCCGAAUCAGGCACCGACUGGAAGUGUAGCGCCACAAGGAGGCCUUACUCAGGAGCAAAAUGUCCAGAUGCGAGAAGAAUUUUGCUCCGCCAUUGAGCUAAAUGAUGCACCCAACGUGCGACUCCAGCUCGAACAAACCCCUGAGAUACUAGGCCAUCUGUGCCUUCGCGCAGGGAGAUAUCCCAUUCAUGUGGCUUUGUUAAACAACGCCUAUGAAACCCUAGAUGUCCUUCUGGAGAAGGCGUCACUUGAGAUCACGAAUCUGUCGUGUAAACGACGGACUGCGCUCGAUCUCGCAUUGGAUUCGGGUAAGGCCGCAGCCCUUGACUGCAUCCGAACUCAUCGCAACAAGUUCGACUUCCCGCCCGAGCUCUACAAAAGGCGCAAGGACGGUCUUGGGUCGGAAGCGAGAGAGAUUGCGGAUGAUUUGUUUGGUACCAAGAAAGCUGCGACCCCGAAGGGCAGGAAACCCAUCUUUAGGAUACCCAGGGGUAGGACAUUCAAUUCGUCUACAUGA